AUGGCUUCCUCUUGGAAACUAAUCCUGUUUCUGUCAGUCGCUGGGUGUCUUUCAGAAUAUUCUGGAGCUCUUCCUGGUCUCCCUACGUCAUAUGCUGCUUUGCUAAGAAUUAAGAGGAGUUCAUCUUCAUCAGCGUUUGGUUCAAAGACUAGACCGAGAUACAGCAGUCCUUCAUUAGGAGCACUGAGUGGUUCUUCACCAAGUUGGCGAGGGGCAGCUCAGCAUUAUUAUUCCCCCAACAACCUUUAUCAUUCAUCAGAUGCUUUCAAACCAGAUGAAAGUGUGGACUAUGGGCCAGUGUUUGUGCAAGAACCAGAUGAUAUAAUUUUUCCAACUGAUUCUGAUGAAAAGAAAGUAGCACUGAAUUGUGAAGUUCGUGGCAAUCCAGUCCCCAAUUACAGAUGGCUUCGAAAUGGAACAGAAAUUGAUUUGGAAAGUGAUUAUCGCUACAGUUUGAUCGACGGGACCUUCAUUAUAAGCAAUCCGAGUGAAGCAAGAGAUUCUGGCCAUUACCAGUGUUUAGCAGCCAACACUUUGGGAAGUAUUCUUAGCAGAGAGGCCAUACUUCAGUUUGCCUAUCUGGGAAAUUUUAGUGGCCGGACGAGAAGUGCAGUGUCUGUGAGGGAAGGCCAGGGGGUUGUUCUGCUGUGCUCGCCUCCGCCUCAUUCACCAGAGAUCAUCUAUAGUUGGGUAUUUAACGAGUUCCCUUCCUUUGUGGCGGAAGACAGCCGGCGGUUCAUUUCCCAGGAGACUGGCAACCUUUAUAUUUCUAAAGUCCAAGCAUCAGAUGUCGGCAGCUAUAUUUGUCUGGUGAAAAACACGGUGACCAAUGCCCGAGUCCUGAGUCCUCCAACACCACUCACUCUACGCAAUGAUGGUGUGAUGGGAGAAUACGAGCCGAAAAUUGAGGUCCAUUUUCCUUUAACUGUUACAGCUGCUAAGGGAACCACUGUUAAGCUGGAGUGCUUUGCCCUCGGCAACCCAGUUCCAACAAUUACAUGGAUGAAGGUUAAUGGCUACAUUCCUAGCAAGGCACGGCUGCGGAAAUCUCAGGCUGUGCUGGAGAUACCCAACGUACAGCUGGAUGAUGCAGGCAUUUAUGAGUGCAGAGCUGAAAACUCACGUGGGAAAAAUUCCUUCCGUGGACAAUUACAAAUAUACACUUACCCACACUGGGUAGAAAAGCUCAAUGAUACUCAGUUAGACAGCGGGAGCCCUCUCCGCUGGGAGUGCAAGGCCACAGGGAAACCCAGGCCCACGUACCGCUGGCUGAAGAACGGAGUGCCCCUCUCACCUCAGAGUAAGGUUGAGAUGGUUAAUGGAGUACUGAUGAUCCACAGUGUGAAUCAGUCAGAUGCUGGAAUGUAUCAGUGUUUGGCUGAAAAUAAAUAUGGAGCCAUUUAUGCAAGUGCUGAGCUGAAAAUUCUAGCUUCAGCUCCCACGUUUGCACUGAAUCAGCCAAAGAAAACAAUAAUUGUUACCAAAGGCCGGGAAGUCGUCAUAGAGUGCAAACCCCAAGGCUCUCCAAAACCAACCAUCUCUUGGAAGAAGGGAGACAAAGCAAUUAGGGAGAAUAAAAGAAUAGCUAUUCUUCCAGACGGGAAUCUGCGGAUCCUAAAUGCUUCUAAAUCAGAUGAGGGAAAGUACGUUUGCCGAGGGGAAAAUGUAUUUGGUUCUGCUGAAAUCAUAGCUGAAGUAUCUGUCAAAGAACCUACAAAAAUUGAACUUACUCCUAAAAGAACAGAGUUAACAGUGGGAGAAAGCAUUGUUCUUAACUGUAAAGCAAUUCAUGAUGCUAGUUUGGAUGUCAUUUUCUACUGGACAUUGAAAGGACAACCUAUCGAUUUCGAGAAAGAAGGUGGACAUUUUGAAAGCAUCAGGGCCCAAGCAUCCUCUGCAGAUUUAAUGAUCAGGAACAUCCUUCUGAUGCAUGCUGGGAGAUAUGGCUGCAGGGUACAGACCACAGCAGACAGUGUGUCAGAUGAGGCAGAACUUCUUGUUAGGGGUCCCCCAGGCCCACCAGGGAUCGUGAUCGUGGAAGAGAUCACCGAAAACACAGCCACACUCUCCUGGAGCCCAGCAGCUGACAACCACAGCCCCAUCUCCUCCUACAACCUGCAGGCUCGCAGCCCGUUCUCCCUGGGCUGGCAAACAGUGAAAACAGUCCCAGAAAUCAUAACAGGGGAUAUGGAGUCAGCCAUGGCGGUGGACUUGAACCCCUGGGUGGAAUAUGAAUUUAGAGUGGUUGCCACCAAUCCAAUUGGGACUGGAGAUCCAAGCACCCCAUCUCGAAUGAUCCGUACCAAUGAAGCAGUUCCAAAGACAGCACCCACCAACGUGAGUGGAAGAAGUGGAAGAAGGCACGAGUUAGUCAUUGCCUGGGAGCCAGUAUCUGAAGAGUUUCAGAAUGGGGAAGGCUUUGGCUAUAUUGUGGCUUUCAGGCCCAAUGGAACACGUGGGUGGAAGGAGAAAAUGGUGACAUCCUCUGACGCUUCCAAGUUCAUUUAUCGAGAUGAAAGUGUCCCUCCUCUUACUCCCUUUGAAGUGAAAGUUGGCGUUUAUAACAACAAAGGGGAUGGACCUUUCAGUCAAAUUGUGGUCAUCUGUUCCGCUGAAGGAGAACCCAGUGCCGCUCCCACAGAUGUCAAGGCUACAAGUGUGUCCAUGUCAGAGAUUGUUAUUGCAUGGAAACAUGUGAAAGAGAGCCUAGGAAGACCACAGGGAUUUGAGGUUAGUUAUCGGAAAGACGCGGAACAAGAAGAUGCAGCAGAAACAGUCAAGACGAAGGGGAACGAGUCAUCCAUCACUCUGACAGGACUGGAAGGAAAUACCUUGUAUCACUUCACCGUGAGGGCCUAUAACGGAGCUGGGUAUGGGCCACCGAGCGGCGAAGUGAGCGCAACCACCAAGAAAUCGCCCCCCAGUCAAGCACCCGGCAACCUCAGGUGGGAGCAGCAAGGCGCUGAGCUCUCCCUAGGCUGGGAACCGGUCAGACCAUUAGCCAACGAAUCUGAAGUCAUGGGCUACAAGGUUUUUUAUAGGCAAGAGGGCCACAGCAACAGUCAAGUGAUUGAAACACAGAAACCUCAAGCAGUAGUACCACUCCCCGAUGCUGGAGUCUAUAUCAUUGAAGUUCGAGCAUCUAGUGAAGGAGGGGAUGGAACAGCUAGUUCCCAAAUCAGGGUACCAUCAUAUUCAGGUGGAAAAAUCACUAGUGCUCAGUCAACCCUCCAUACUCUCUCCACAUCUUCAUCAUCAGUAACGUUGCUCUUGGCAUUGAUGAUUCCUUCAACCUCUUGGUGA